ACCCUUCCCCUUCUUGGAGCCCAAGAAGAAGCAUGCUGCCUGCCCACCAGCGCGAAGAGAUCCAUCCCCAAACCACUCCGCUGCCACACCUGGGAUCCACCACGUCGUGAGGGAGAAAUCGACGCGGCGGCGGCGGCGGCCUCCUAAGGAGCUUCGAGAAUGUUCCGGAACCAGUACGACACCGACGUGACGACGUGGAGCCCCCAGGGGAGGCUCUUCCAGGUGGAGUACGCCAUGGAGGCCGUCAAGCAGGGCUCCGCCUGCGUCGGCCUCCGAUCCCGCAACUACGCCGUCCUCGCCGCCGCCAACAAGGCCGCCUCCGAGCUCUCUUCCCACCAGCGCAAGGUCUUCCGCGUCGCCGACCACGCGGGCAUCGCGCUCGCCGGGCUCACCGCCGACGGGCGCGUCCUCUCCAGGUUCCUACGCAACGAGUGCAUCAACCACGCCUUUGUCUACGACGCGCCGCUCCCGGUCUCCAGGCUCGCGCUCCGACUCGCUGACAAGGCGCAGGUUUGCACACAGCGUUCGUGGAAGAGGCCUUAUGGUGUCGGCCUCCUUGUUGCCGGACUGGAUGAGUCUGGAGCUCAUCUCUACUAUAACUGCCCCAGUGGGAACUACUUUGAGUACCAGGCAUUUGCUAUUGGUUCUCGCUCUCAAGCAGCGAAGACUUUCCUUGAGCGCAGAUUUGAGGGCUACAAUGACUACACCCCUGAGCAACUCAUCAAGGAUGCCCUCUCCGCCAUAAAGGAAACUCUGCAAGGUGAAAAACUGACCAGCUCCAACUGCACGGUCGCCAUUGUUGGCAGGAAGGACGAUGGCACCAUUGAGCCAUUCGAGAUGAUCGAUGCGAAGAGGAUCCAAGAAAUAAUCGACUCCAUGGAGGCUGCCGAGGAGGCGCCUGCAGAGCCGAGCUCCACGCAGGAGGAGGAAAGGGGCUCGGAUGCUGCGCCCAUGGACAUCUAGGCCUUGAACACUCCCCAUUUGGACCCUUACACCGCAUUCCUGAGUUCCCAAAGAUUAAGACUGUUUUAGAAAGUUGUGGUGUGACUCUUGUGUGCUCUUCCACGAACAAUUAUCUGGGUUCGGAGUUGGACCGAUUGUUUAUCAUGCGGUGAAAACAAAAUCUUUUGGUUUUGG